UUAAACACACUUCUGUCGUAUGUACAUGUUGGCCCAUUUAAUUAUAUAUUUACGUUGUUUGUCAGCUAGCUGGUUUGCUAAGUUAGCAUUAGCGACUAGCCUAGUUCUAAGCUAUCUAGCGAACAUCCCCGACCAUGAGUUCACUAAGCUACUCUCCUCCUGCUAAAGAAGAGGAGGUCUGCUGGACGGAGAAAGAAGCUCUCGUCAAAGAGGAGGAGGAAGAGGAAGAUGUUACAAUAUAACAACAAGUAGAGGGUCAGGCUGUUACCAUGAAAGAAGAGGAAGACGCGUUCAGAGUGAAAGAGGAGGAGGAUGUUACAGUAAAAGGAGAGGAGGAUGCAGUUUUUGGAGUGAAAGAGGAGGAGGGGGAGAUUACUGUCACAUUGAAGGAAGAAGAGGAGGUUGGAGAUCUGUUUAACACCAGAGAGAGACGGCACUAUCUUGGAUCCUCUGGGGAGCCUCAUGAUGCUGACAAGGCAGAGAAGAGUCUCUCCACAUUAGAACAUCUCAAGAAACACCAGCAGAGAUCCACAGGGAAGAGAACUCACUGCUGCUCUGACUGUGGGAAGAGUUACUCAAGAUCAGAUUCACUACAACUGGACCAGAGAAUUCACACAGGUGAUAAAUCUCACUGCUGCUCUGAUUGUGGGAAACGUUGCAAAUCUUCAUCAGAACUUAAAAUACACCUGAGAAUUCACACGGGAGAGAAACCAUACUACUGCUCUGACUGUGGGAAACGUUUCUCAAGAUCAGACUCACUAAAACUACACCAGAGAAUUCACACAGGUGAUAAAUCUCACUGCUGCUCUGACUGUGGGAAAUGCUGCAAAUCUGCAUCAGAACUUAAAAUACACCUGAGAAAUCACACGGGAGAGAAACCUUACUGUUGCUCUGACUGUGGGAAGAGUUUCUCAAGAUCAGAUUCACUAAAAGUUCACCUGAGAAUACACACUGGAGGGAAAUCUCACUGCUGCUCUGAAUGUGGGAAGAGAUUCAACUCUUCAGUAGACCUUAAAAUGCAUCAAAGAAUUCACACAGGAGAGAAACCUUUUGGCUGUGAUCACUGUGGGAAUAGUUUUACUCAGCAAAGCAACCUGAAAUCACACCAGAGAAUACACACCGGGGAGAAAUCUUAUGGCUGUGAUCAAUGUGGGAAGAGUUUUACUUUGUCAAGCUGCCUGAUAGUGCACCAGAGAACACACACUGGAGAGAAGCCUUUUAGCUGUGAUCAAUGUGGGAAGUGUUUUGUUACAUCUGGCAAUCUGAUUGUACACCAGAGAACACACACAGGAGAGAAAUCUUAUAGCUGUAAUCAAUGUGGGAAGAGUUUUACUCAGUCAAGCAGCCUGAUAGUACAUGAGAGAACACACACACAGUAGAGAAGCUUCACCAUUGUUCAGAUUGUGGGAAAAGCUUUUCAACAUCACAGACUUUGAAGCUGCACCAGAUCACCCACAGGAGAGAAAUCUUAUAGCUGUAAUCAAUGUGACAAGAGCUACUCUGAUAAAAGAUCUCUGAUUAAACAUCAGAAAAUACAUGAAGGAGUUGUUUGAUGAUAUCAAUGAAAUAAUGUCACAAUGUAGAAUGUUUUAUCAUUGUAGAAGGAGUAUUUUAAUAAUGUCAGAAUGUAGAACCCUAAAUGUUUGCCCCCUGUUCUAUUGAUUUCAACAUUAUAUGGAUAUUAGCCAGGGGGGGAAAAUCCAGUCUCGGAAUUGAAAGAGUAGUAUUUAUAUGAUUUAACAGAAAGUGACAAACAAAAAAAGUGUUGCGUUACACUUACCAUGUUGGUGAUCAACUUGAAUCAAAAUGUAGCUAGCUGUUUUCUACAAAUUGGCCUCUAACCAGGAAUGUACAAUUCCGUGUGGUUUUUAAGCUGUUAGUUUUAACAGGACGUGCAACCUCACCUCCCUCCUGUUGCACAAUUGAUGUCAACAUGAUAUCGAUGAGUGAUGACAAAUAAGUGUUGCGUUCCUUUGUUUAGCGACCCCUACAUUUAAAUGCAUCGCUCCAAAAUGUAGCUUACUGUCUUCUGCAGGUUGUCCUCUAACCAGUGAGGUAACAGAUAUCUCCCAUUUCCAUGUGUUUGCUUUAGUUGUUAGUUUUAACAGCACGUACAACCUGAUUUCCCCCCUAAUCGAUAUCAGUGAUUUAUUGCUACUUGUCAAAACAACAGCGUUUCUGGUGCUUGUGCAGUUUAUUAAGGUGCUUGUUUAAGAAAAAUACAAUUAAUGUGAUUAUUGUGGCAGAUGUUUAUGUAUAUAGUAAAUUUUAUGUUUAGGCUUUCAAUAUAUCACAAACUGUUUCUGCAUAUUGGUUAUUGAUUUGGAAACUUGUAAAAAAUGUAAUUGGAAAGACAUUGAAAAGAAGGCUAUGCCCAACGUCCAAUAUGUGUUCGGUUUAGUUGAAUGUGAAAGUUGAAAAUGUUGUUUUGGGUCGUUUUUUUUCAAUGACUUUAAAACAACUUAAUUUCAACGUACUUGCAGCCUAUACACAUGGAUGCAGUAUAAUAAAUUGGUCUAUAAUCAAUUUUAUUAACAAUCUUACAUCACUCCAGUAUUUAUUGACAACAUUCAAGUGCUAAUUGUCUUUAUUCCACUACUGAAGAAGCAUGUCUCAAAUCACCUCAUAUUUCAAAUAUUCAGCCUGACAAAAGAUACAUGUUUUAUUAUUCCAUGCCUCACCAUUAAGUUAAUUAUUGCCAAUACAUAUUAAUGUACAUUUGGUUUUGAUAUUUCAUAUGUGCAAUCCAUGUAAGAUUUAGUCAUCAUAAUUAUUUAUGCAAAAAACUGACAUGUUUUGGGGUACAAUUAUAUUGACAUUGUUGCCCUGCUUUUAAAAUAUCAGGAUUCAUUCUCACAUGUGCCAAACCAAAUGUAUUAGAGCAUGACAUUGGGGACUGGGCCCCGAUCCAACAACAUGCCUAUCUAGUGAAUCCUGAAAAGAGAGAGAAGCUCCGCAGUGAGGUGAAAAGUUACUACGGAUAUUGCAGGAGUUUCCUCUUGAAAUCAGACAUGUCUGUGGUAAGGACAACUUGGUUGCUGAUUGUCUCAAGGGUUUGCAAUCAAAAAGAUUUGCAUUUAACCAGUGCGUCACCAUGGAUCACAAUUUAUUUUGACACGUUUUUCCAUAUUGGAGAUGAGUUUUAUCUCUUAUUCUUUUCUGUAUUGAAACUGCACUGUUGGUUAGAGGCUCGUAAGUAAGCAUUUCACUGUUGUAUUCGGCGCAUGUGACUAAUACAAUUUGAUUUGAGUUUUGUUUGAGCUUGUUCCAAGGGGACUACAGUUCUAGAAGCUAGUGAGUUUUAGGAUUCGAUAGAAAGAAAAAGGAGAAGAAUAAUACUAUUGUAUAUUAUUAUUUAGAAAUGUGUUUUUUCUUGUUUUUAAUUGUUGCCAGCCAGUAAACACCAUGUUUAUAUUGUAGAAGGGAAUCAAUUUAGUUGAUUUUAUUGGGAAAUGGAAGUUGUUUUCUGUUGGUGGUGAGCAAACUUCCAACAGAAAUACAGGAUAUAUUUGUUGUCUUAAGGGGGAAGGUGUUACAGGCUUUGGUUUUUCCAUUUAUAUUUUGAGGUUGGACUUUAGCAUGUAUAGCUCCUUAGCACGUAGGGCGCACUGAUUGGUGUCACCUCGUUAGUCAGUAUGUGAUACACCUGUGCUGGCUUGUCCAUCUCGUUAGUGGGAAGGUGUUUCACCUGAGCUGGUCCAGGUUCUAU